GGAAAAUGAUUUUCUCAUAGGUUCGUGGUUCGCUGCUGAUCACACACUGUUUCCUUUGCUCAAGGGAUAACCAAUGGCGGAUUGCAGAACCGUAGAAUUAAAGAAAUCACUAUACUAAAACCUUUGAGGAGCAAUACUCAUGGCUUCUACAACACCACUCUCUUCCACCAACUAUCAAUUCUUACACAACCCAUCUCCAUUCCCCAAUUUCAGAUCAUUUCCUCACUAUCCAAUUCCACUUCAAUCGAUAUCACGCAAGAAAAACCUACUAAAUCUCUCUAUUAUCCGAACAAAAAGUUCUACUUAUCAGAUAAACGUCAGAAGAACAAAUUCUAGUACAACUGAUGAUGUUUCAGAGCAAUUAUCUUCAUCACAAUCUGAAAUUGAAUGCAUAGGAACAGGUACAGAAGUCGAAUGCAUCGUUAAUGAUGAUUUAAAGAGAAAUGAAGUGGACGUAGAAAGUGGGUUUGGGUUAGUGGAGAAUUUGUGGGAAUGGGCUGUUUUGAUUUCACCAUUUUUCUUCUGGGGAACUGCAAUGGUGGCCAUGAAGGAGGUUUUGCCGAAAGUGGGCCCCUUUUUUGUUGCAUCUUUUCGGCUUAUUCCGGCUGGGUUGUUGUUGAUUGGGUUUGCUGGGGUUAAGGGUAGACCUUUGCCUUCUGGGUUUAAUGCUUGGAUUUCAAUUGCUAUCUUUGCUCUUGUGGAUGCUACCUGUUUUCAGGGAUUUCUCGCUGAAGGUUUGCUGCGAACAUCUGCAGGUCUGGGCAGUGUUAUCAUUGAUUCGCAGCCUCUUACAGUGGCUGUACUUGCAGCUUUUUUCUUCGGUGAGUCGAUUGGGUAUGUUGGGGCUGCAGGAUUGGUGCUUGGCGUUAUUGGGCUCUUACUACUUGAGCUACCUGUAGUUGCAACAGACGGGACUGAUUUUUCAUUAUGGGGUAGCGGUGAAUGGUGGAUGCUUUUGUCAGCACAAAGCAUGGCAAUUGGUACCGUCAUGGUGCGCUGGGUUUCCAAGUUUUCCGACCCAGUUAUGGCAACUGGAUGGCACAUGCUUCUUGGUGGCAUUCCUCUGUUAGCUUUAUCUAUACUUAACAAUGAUCCCGUAUUCACCGGGAAUCUUGACGAGCUUUCUGUUGGCGACCUUUCCGCGUUACUAUAUACAUCCAUAUUCGGGAGCGCUGUCAGCUAUGGUGUAUUCUUCUAUAAUGCCACAAGAGGCAGUCUGACGAAACUUAGCUCGCUCACAUUUCUGACGCCAAUGUUCGCUUCCAUUUUUGGGUUCUUUUACCUUGGCGAGAGCUUCUCAAAUGUGCAACUACUAGGGGCGUUCGUUACAUUGGUGGCUAUAUAUUUGGUUAAUUAUCGUCGCAGCACCACAGAAUGAAGCAGCUUACAAUGGGCUCCUCUCGAUGAAAAAUCAAAGCGGUAGAAUCAUGAUCGAACAAAAACUGUAAGUUGAAUGAAAGAAUCAUGCAGCUAGCUGAAUACACACGCAUGCAUACAUCAAACCAUAAGCACGAAAUAUGUCAAAAUUCGAACACAUCGGGCUCAAAAUAAAGUACAGAAUCGCUCGGAGACUCAGAUUGCAGGCAUAUAAAUAUAGUAUACUACUGGACUGAAAUCUCCGAACUAGAAUUGUUUAACCGAUUUACUGCUAGCAUAGUUUCAUUUGUACAUAAUUGAAGUUCUUUUUCGUAAUAUGUCGUCUUCAGUUCAUGUUAUUGUCAUCGUCUGAAGAGUUAGCAGUCUGCCAUUAGUGUGGAUCUCGUGUAUAUCGCCAUUCGUCAAGACGUGUAGAAGUUGCGACGAGUAUUGGAUAUGGAAGAUAAAACUAGAAGUAAUAUGAUGUACAUGAAUGCAAUUGGAAGGAUGUAACUAGCACUUUCAGUCGAAUUUAACAUCUCUUGGAUGUUUGAUCUGCCUGUCGUUUGAGAUUUUGUAUUGCUGAGAGUAAGAUUGUCUGUAUUCGACUCUCGUAAACCUCAUCCAAUAGGUGGAAGUUAUUUACUGGCAUUGGAGUGAAGUAAUGUAUGUAUCAUCAUCUAAUUCAAUAUCGGGUAUCUUUUAAAAAAUUGGGUGGACAAAUAUGAAA